AUGUUCCGGUUCUGUACUUCCUCUCUGCUGCUGCUGGUUCUGCUUCGCGGCGCGCAGCGCGGCGCGGCGGAACAAUGCGACAGCGGCGGCGACGAGUUCGUCUCCGGCAGUGAGAACUUCGUUCUGGACGCGAAGGACGCGGUGGAGGACGGCGCCGAUCUGCUGGACACGCAGGUCGUGUCCGUGGAUGAGGAGUGCGAGACGCUGUGCUGCCAGGACUCACGCUGCAACCUGGCGCUGCUGGAGCCGCGCGACGGGGAAGAGGAGGACACGCGCAAUUGCUUCCUGUUUAACUGCGUCCAUAAAAACCGUUUUGUGUGUCAGUUUGUGAACCAGGACGGAUACAAGAGCUACAUUAGGAGGAGCAUGUACCGGAGAUACCUGGAGGCACCAGGUGAGGUGGCUCCGCCCAUCGCCAACGCCGGCCCUGACGUUGUCCUUCAGCCCGGAGAGAACGUGACGCUCAACGGCUCCGAGAGCGUGGCGCUGCACCGCGCCAAGAUCUCUGACUACAAGUGGUCUCAGCAAAGCGGAGACCAGAACCUGAAGCUGGAGAAGACCAACUAUGACGACCAGGUGAGGCUCUCCAACCUGCAGCCGGGCUCCUACGUCUUGAAGCUGACCGUCACAGACUCCAAGGGGAAGAGCGGCCAUGACACGGUCACCAUCAAGGUCCUCACCCCAGAGCUGUCCAGCUCGUACUGCCUGGCUCCGCUCAAGACCGGCCCGUGCCGCGCAGCGUUCCCUCGGUGGUAUUACAACACAACGACGCGCAGCUGUGAGAAAUUUACAUACGGAGGCUGUUUACCCAACAAGAACAACUUCCUGUUUAACGAAGAGUGUAUGUCGGCCUGCAGAGGAGUCACAGUUUCCUCAGAAAGGAGCAUUACUAUAAACUCCAAUAAGGAGUGCGGCUCACAGUGCCGCCCCGAUCAGCUGACCUGUGAUGACGGCUGCUGUUUGGACCGGGCUCUGGAGUGUGACGGCGUGAACCAAUGCAGCGACGGCUCUGAUGAAAAGCUCUGCAACAAAUUGAGCCAGACCUUCAACCGCCUGCUGAGCGUCGACGUCGACGACCUCCAGGUUCAAUGCGUGGAGCCUCCUCGCACCGGCCCGUGUCGGGCGCACUUCACCCGCUGGUACUACAACCCUAAAGACAGGAAGUGCGUACGCUUCAUCUACGGUGGCUGCGACGGAAACGGGAACAACUUUGAGAACAACAAUGAUUGCAGCGAGACCUGCGAUGGAGUAACAGAGAGCAACAUGUUUUCCAGGGGGAUGUUUGAUCGUUACGGGUCUGAUGAUGAGGAAAAAGCUGCGAAUUCAGGCUCCGUCGCUCUGGCUGUGAUUCUGGCGGUGGGCAUCUUGGCCCUGCUGGCCAUCGUGGGGUACUGCUUCCUGCGGAGGCGCAGGAAGGCCCCCAGCCGGUCGGCGGGCCCCGCCCACGUGGCGCUGUCGGAGCAGGACACGCUCGUCUACAACAGCACCACCAAGCCUGCGUGAUGUCACCAUGGCAACCCGGCAAAUAUCCUCACCCAGCUCCUGGUUUUUAUCUUUUUGUCCUUUUCCUUUAAAUUUCUGUUGUUUUUUCUCGUUGUGGUUCGUUUUCCUGAAACUUUCCAGUUUCAGGUUGAGUUUGUGAAAAUAUUGAAAUGAUGAGAAACUGGAUUUUAUUUAUGACGCUGGUCAGCCUCAGACUGUUUGAGCUGCAGUUCCUGGUCAGUCUGAACAUGUUCAUGAAUCAGUGUUUGGGUCUCGGGUUUGGUUCGUUUUGUUGCACGUCGUACGGACGUACAUGUCUCUACGCAUUUUAUUCAGUCUAAAUCCAUCGAAGGAGAAGGAAAAAUCUGCAGAACUUUUCAUUUUUAACACGUCGAGCCUCAGUUUUCAUUUCAGUUUUUAGUUCAGGACCAAAUGUCCUGAACUGUUUUGAUGUUUAAUAAAAAUUAAAUUUAAGAAA